CAACUUCCAAGUUCCAGGUCCAUCCAACGUUAAUACCUAGGUAUUCGUUCCAAUCCAAUCCCAGUCCCACCUCAGUCAGGUCCCAGUCCCCGGUUCCAUUCAACCUGAACUCAUCCCCGCUAAUACUCCUCCUACUCCUACUCCGUACCUUACCGCGCGUGCCUUACCUCACUCCAUUCUCACCUGGCCACUUGCGCUUACCUCUUCCUCCCAACUACUAGACCCCUCCUCCUCCUUCACAAAUUAUUACUUCCCCCCUUCCCGCAUAGUCAACCGCAUUUUCUCUUCGAAACAAACUCGACGUCCCCGAUUUUCUCAAAGGCAAUUUUUCGCGAAAAGGUGAGUUUCGCCCUCGACUCUUCGUUCCUGCAUUUUGCGUCUUGUCCGCACAAUUCCCAUUCGCUCUCGCCCGCCUACCGGUACUUUACCAUACCUUGCCUUACCUUUACCCCUCUGUCCUUCUACCCGGCCCUCCCCCCUCGUCCUCUGCUCCCUGCUGCCAUGUGGUGGUGCCGUGACGUUUCUUCGCCUUGCCGUCGCAUCAAGUGCAUGCGACGACGCACCCGAAAGCCCAGCCCAUCACGGUAGCGAGUAAGAGGAACAAGUAGCAAGCAGCAGCAACAACAACAACAACAACAACAGCAGCAGCAGCAGCAGCAGCAGCAGCAGCGACGGCGGCCGCCGUCUCUCUAGUCUAUCCGCACCGUCAGCACCAAUAUUUGCAUCAGUAUCAGCACCAGUAUCAGCGUCGGCAUCGCCAUUAGCAUUCGAUCCACACUCGGCUUGUAUCGCAUCGCAGCGCAACACACAAACAAUUCAGCGAGCGCAAACCAAAACAUUCGGCCUCCCAUCUACUUCGAUUCAGAUAUGGAAUCCAGGUCGUCAUUGCUCUGUAGUCGGACUCGUUUGCGCAAUGCGACCGACUUCGAUGAUGCGCCAACCCCGCCUAUUACUGGCCUGGUCGCAAUUCCGCACAUCUGCGCCGAGUUUCGCGCGUCGCAGUCGUGUGCCCUACCGCGAACACAAUGCAGCCAUCCAAUUUAGCCCACCAUUCUCAAAUCCAACUGUAGCCGCGUCGGCCUGCCGCAUGCCACAUCGACCCGGUAAUCGAUCCUCGGCCCUCCGUCAGUGUUGAAUCCGGAGUCGCACAAUUGCGCCGUCUCGCUUGCUAUCAUCCCCGCUACCCCGGCCCCGCGCUUGCGCUCGAGUCGAUGCGCUGCUCUCCCAGAAAGCCCUCGGUGGAUCAGCUUGGAUAAUCCCUCAACUCAACUUCAGCUACUCGCCACCACGCUAAUAGACGGAUCCGAUACUUGGCGGCUCUUGAAAUAUCUUUUUGCUGAGGAGAAUACCGUCACAAAUUGCAAUAUGCGCACAAAGUCCCGCGCCGGUGCUGAGCUGGAGCACGGCGCUUGCACCUCCGCCUAAGACGCGUCUGGUCCUCCCAAAUUGGACAGGCGAUAAUUCGGACUACACUGCGACCUGGAUGCUGCUGCUGCUGCUGCUGCUGCUGCUUGCGAUGUUAAUUUUUUGGAUUGCGACUCGGAGCAUCGGAGCUUCUGCUGUGCUGCGUCAGAGAGGCUCCAAAAACAUUGCGAAGCACUGACCUAUUGACUAUUGCUAACACCAAGUGUCAGUCUUACAAUCUCCAAAAUGUCUUCCCUCUCUCGUCGUGCCUGCUAUAAGUGUGGCAAUGUUGGCCACUAUGCCGAGGUUUGCUCUUCCGCCGAGCGCCUCUGCUACAACUGCAAGCAACCCGGCCACGAGUCCAACGGUUGCCCUUUGCCCCGUACCACCGAGGCUAAGCAGUGCUAUCACUGCCAGGGACUUGGCCAUGUUCAGGCUGACUGCCCUACCCUGCGUCUGAGCGGCGCUGGCACCAGUGGCCGCUGCUACAACUGCGGACAGCCCGGUCAUCUUGCGCGCGCGUGCCCCAACCCCGCCGGCGUCAACAUGGGCCGAGGCGGCCCCCCGGUUCCCCGUGGCGGAUACGGUGGCUACGGCCGCGGUGCCUUCACCGGUGGCCCCCGUCCUGCUACCUGCUACAAGUGCGGUGGUCCCAACCACUUUGCGAGAGACUGCCAGGCUCAGGCCAUGAAGUGCUAUGCUUGCGGCAAGCUUGGCCACAUCUCUCGUGACUGCACCGCUCCCAACGGUGGCCCCCUCAACACUGCUGGCAAGACCUGCUACCAGUGCGGUGAGGCCGGUCACAUCUCCCGCGAUUGCCCCCAGAAGAACACCAACGGCGAAAUCCCCAACGACGUUGACCUGUCGGCUGCCCCUGGCAUCCCUCAGCCCGCUGUUGCGCCCAUUGCCCCCGUUGCUUAGACGGCAAUCUUUGGACAUGUUCCUUUGAGGACGUUACGACUUCUUGGGCUAGGCCUGAGGAUAGAGGCAGGCUUGCCUUGAUGCAGCUUCCCUCAAAAAACCUUUGCGGCAUUUCUUCAGCGAUGUCGCUUUCAUUUAUCUGCACUACGACCAAUCAUUACGCCUUUUGAACAUCACCUCAACUACACCUUCCCCCUUUCAUUCUGGUUAUUAUUUCAAUCUAUGCAUAAAAUGGGCAUGCCGCCAAAUGGCAUCCUUUGCUUUUACAUGGCGUCUACACGGAUUCCCCUUCAUCAACACGAUUCAUUUUCUGGAACAAAACGGGAAAGGCUUCCUUUCUUCAUAGCAAACGACUCUCACGACGGAUGGUCUCAAGCACGUUUGAAUGCAUCUUAUCCAGCGCAGUUGGAAAACAAAAGUUCACGACCCUUAUAGCCAUCUCAUGGAUAAUCUUGGCUCGACAAUGCUGCUUCUGGUUCAAUAUUCCAACAACGAAGCGACUCUAUUUCCGGUGUCUGUUCCUUAGCCCGCAACUGGACUCAGACAUACGGCAGCAAGGGGCGCAUUCUACAGGACAACGGCUCCAGGGUCGUUCGCGGCUCAGAAUCUUCACUACCUCUGUGCUCGGCAGUGGGCCUGAGUGGACAGCCAAAGCUGACCAUGGGCUGCACUGCUGACCCAGCAUAUCGGGAUGGGGAAGAUCCUUGGGAUGGAAGAUGGGGCUCGGGGAAGG